UGGAAGUUAACCAGCAAUGGGAUCAGCAAUUUAGAAGUAUGAAAAAGUUAUAUGAAAGAAAGGUCGCGGAGCUGAAGACGAAACUGGACGCCGCGGAAAGACGGCUCAGCGCGCCGGACGGGGAGCAGCGGCAGCGCUCGAGGGACGGCGACGGGCCGCGCGGCCCCACCCGGAACCCGCCGCGCGAGGAGAAGGAAAAAGAAAGUCUAAAUGAAGAAUUGCAUGAAUUGAAGAAAGAGAAUAAGCUGUUGAAGGAAAAAAAUGCUCUUGCAAACAAGAAGAAAGAACAUUUAGAAUGUGAAAUAAGACGCCUCAAUAAGGCUCUUCAGGAUGCCUUGAACAUCGAGUGUUCUUCAUCUUCUGAGGACUGUUUGUGGAAGUCUGGAGAGUGCCGCCAUGAAGAGCUGAGAACAGAAAUGGAAGUUCUCAAGCAGCAGGUGCAAAUAUAUGAAGAAGACUUCAAAAAGGAACGAUCGGAUCGAGAAAGACUUAAUCAAGAGAAAGAGGAGCUUCAGCAGAUUAAUCAGACUUCCCAAUCCCAGCUGAACAGGCUGAAUUCUCAGAUAAAAGCUUGUCAGAUGGAGAAAGAAAAACUAGAAAAGCAAUUAAAACAGAUGUAUUUUCCAACCUGUAACUGCGGCUUGAUUUUCCACCUGCGGGAUCCUUGGGGACCAACAGGCCCUGGGGCUGUGCAGAAUCCACAGGAGCACCCACCAGACUGUCCGUGGUAUGCUCUAGACCAGCUUCCGCCAGAUGUACAGCACAAGGCAAAUGGUUUCUCCUCAGAAAGGAAAGGCAAUCAGUAGAAGCUACCGCAGCAGGGGAAAUGGGCGACGGGGCGCUUGGCUGAGGGCCCUCUGCUUUGUUUUUACUGCGGCUCGUUUCUGCCGCAAGUGCACAUCAUCCACUCUGUUGCUUGUGCCUGGUAACGUUUCGCCUUGGCAUGGAUAGAGGAAAAGGCUUCUGACAGCUCAGAUCCUGAUCAAGUUUGUGGAGCGAGUUAAUACAACCAAACACAACUUCCAGUUUCCUCGAAAUGAGAUUUGGCAGAGGGAUUAUGCACCACUCCUUGAAAUUCUCCUCAGCAUGUUGCUGUUGCGUGUGCAAGGGUGAUUCCAUGAUUUAAGCAACUUCAUUUUUGGUGCAGCAAUAUUGUGUGUUCCU